CUCUCGCUUGCCAGAGCCCCGUGAUGUGCUUUGGUGUGGGGGAGGAAGGGGGAAAGGCAGCUCGCAGCCAGAUCAACACUCACAGCGGUGGCUUGCGGACUAGCAAGGAGUAACAUGGCGGCGGCAGUGUUAGCCAGCAUAAAUGUUGUUCCACUGCCGCGAAGGUCAGCCUGGUCUGUGACACACGGAAACUAACAGCGAGGAGUCAAGUGUUAAACCCGGAGAGAAGUGGAUGAUGCUUAAAGCUUUCCUGAUGUCGCCGUCUUGCAGUGAUGGCCUGAAGGACUCCGCGCACUGAAACUAAGAGGCUGAUAUGCAUUGAGGAUGAGUGGAGCCGGGGAAAGCUCAUCUGACCCUGCAAGGGCAGAGUUACGGAAACGUAAAGAAUGUUCCACUGAACUUCUUGGACCCAGCCCCAAGCGGAGCAACGAGAAGCGCAACCGCGAGCAUGAGAACAAAUACAUAGAAGAGCUCGCCGAGCUGAUUUUCGCUAACUUCAAUGACAUCGACAACUUCAACGUCAAGCCCGACAAAUGUGCAAUCCUGAAAGAAACUGUGAAGCAGAUCAGACAGAUAAAGGAGCAAGAGAAAGCGGCCGCAGCCAAUGAGGAGGAGGUGCAGAAGGCCGAUGUGUCAUCGACGGGCCAGAGUGUGAUUGACAAAGAUGCCUUGGGACCAAUGAUGCUGGAGGCCCUGGAUGGCUUCUUUUUUGUGGUGAAUAUGGAGGGCAACAUCGUUUUUGUGUCUGAGAACGUGACCCAGUACCUGCACUACAACCAGGAGGAGCUGAUGAACACCAGUGUCUACAGCGUGUUGCAUGUGGGGGAUCAUGCCGAGUUCAUCAAGAACCUGCUGCCAAAAUCCCUCGUGAACGGCGUCCCAUGGUCCAGCGAGGGUCCGAGGAGGAACAGUCACACCUUCAACUGCCGCAUGCUGGUGAACCCCCACAGCGAGAGCCAGGACGAGCAGCGCGAGCACGAGCAGCAGCAGCAGAAAUACGAGACCAUGCAGUGCUUCGCUGUUUCCGAGCCCAAGUCCAUCAAGGAGGAAGGAGAUGACUUCCAGUCGUGCCUAAUCUGCGUGGCUCGCAGGGUCCCCAUGAAGGAGAGGCCCGCGCUUUCUACACACGAGAGCUUCACCACACGGCAAGACCUGCAAGGCAAGAUAACGUCGCUGGAUACCAGUCUGCUGCGGGCCUCCAUGAAGCCGGGAUGGGAGGACCUGGUGCGCCGCUGCAUCCAGCGCUUCCACCUCCAGAACGAUGGGGAAAUGUCCUUUGCCAAACGCCAUCAGCAGGAAGUUCUUCGCCACGGCCAGGCAUUCAGUCCCAUCUACCGCUUUUCCCUCUCGGAUGGAACCAUCGUGUCAGCCCACACGAAGAGCAAAUUGGUGCGCUCGCAUGCCACCAACGAGCCUCAGCUCUACAUGUCUCUGCACAUUCUACAGAGGGAGCAGACAGUAUGCGGGAUGGGCCAGGACAUGGGUCCUGGCGCUCAGGCCACAGGGAUGGCUCCCAAGCCAAUGAACUCCUCCACUCCCUCCAUGACUCCACCGACACCGGGAAGUUUGCCAGGCUCAGGACCUCAGGGCCAAGACACGACUAUCAGCAGCAACAGCACGCCUUUCUCUCCUCCGGGCCCUGCUGGCCCCCGAGAACCAGCAACCAUAGGGGGGGGACACAUGCAGGUCUACCGUCAAGGCUGCCCCCAACCACACGGCCACACUGGAGGAAUGCAGCCUCCCCAGCAGGGCCAGAACUGGCGAAUGAACAGUCCCUCUCGUGCCAGCCCCAGCCCAGCCGGCGGACCUCACGCGCCUCAGCAGAACUCGAUGCUCUCCCCCAGGCAUCGUGGGAGUCCUGGCGGAGCGGGCAGUCCGCGAGUAGCAGGAGGCCUUCACUCCCCUUCCCCAGUGGGGAUGUGCGGGGGAGGGCCCGGUGGUGCAGGUGGUAGCACAACAAGCAGCCAUGCCAACAGCUACACCAGCAGUUCCCUGUCAGCUUUGCAGGUCCUAAGCGAAUGUCACGGUGUAGGACACGGGCACGGGCACCCUCAUGCACACACACUAGGGUCUCCCGAUCGUAGGAUAGGCUCUCCAGCCAGCGUCACACCAGGAUCAGGUGUAAACACUCAUCUCAUGUCAAAACUCGGCGCAGGGGCCACAGACUCGUUUGGCCCUCACACUGAAGUGGGUCAGGGGGGGCACACCCCAGGUCCGACAGAAAGCAACAUUACUGAACCUAAAGACGAGAGGGAGGGGCCACUUGAGGGCCAUGACCCUCACAGUCAUCUUCAUGACAACAAGGGCCACACUAAGUUACUACAACUGCUCACUACCAAACCAGAGCCUCUGGAGACCCCCCUGUCUCCUAAUGCUGGAUGCGACGGUAAGGAUCAGGCUGGGACUGUGGUCCGGGGUGGCCAUUCUGGAGUAAGUACUCAUGCCACCUCCCUUAAAGAAAAACACAAGAUCCUCCACCAACUCCUGCAGAACAGCACGUCUCCCGUGGACCUGGCCAAGCUCACCGCCGAGGCCACGGGUAAGGAGCCAGGCCAGGAGCAAGGCCAGGGUGCCUCUGGGGGCGACGUCACCCCAAAGCAGGAACCUCUCAGCCCCAAGAAGAAGGACAACGCUCUGCUCCGUUAUCUGCUGGAUAAGGAUGACACAGCGCUGAAGGACAAGGUUCCUAAGCUGGAGCCAGGGGAGGUGAAGGUGGAAGUAGGCAAACAUCCGCUUGUCAAAACGGAGAAACAAGAUGUCGGAUACGACCAAGCUGAGCAGUCGUCGGAGCUGGAUGACAUCUUGAAUGACCUACAGAAUGCCCAGUCGCAGCUCUUCGGUGAGCCACGGCCCAUGUCGGUGCCCAGCCCCAUGGACAAACAGAACAUCAUCAAUGACAUCUUGCAGAUGUCCGAGAGCAACCCGGCAGUCACAGCGCAACAGCAGCACAGGAAUGUUGGCGGCGGCAUGGGUCCAACUAAUUUUGGCGGUAUCCGACCGGGGCAACCAGGCAGGGUUGUGCCUGUAAGGAGCGUUUCUCUGGACAUAAACGCGUCGCCACAGUACCCAAUGAGGACCACAAGCCCGUACGCUCUCGUGCAGCAGCAGCAGUCGCAGCAAGGCAUGGUGGGAGGUCACGGCAUGAUGGCUAACCAGGCCAACCUGGUUAGCACAGGUCUUAUGGGUCCAAACGGCCCUCGGCCGGGCAUGCAGCAGCAGGAAGGCUGGGCGGGCUCACCCUCAGCUCCGCCCCUUGGGACCCCCGGACAGCAGGGGGCCUUGCAGGGCAGGAUGGGCCCCACCGGUGCUCCGAUGAGGCCCAACAGCCAAACGGUGCCCAGGCAAAUGUUGCAGUCAUCGAUGAUGCCCAACACCCAAGCUGACAUGGAUAUCAGUAUGGUGGGCCAUUUCUCCCAGCAGCAGGCUCCUCCCAACCAGACGGCGCCCUGGCCAGACAGCAUGAUGCCAAUUGACCAGACAGCGUUUGUAAACCAGAACAGGACACUGCACUCGACACCUCAAGAGGACCUGCUGUGUAACAUGGGCCUCAGCGGGGGUGACGGCGGUGUAGUGGAUGAGGGCGCACUAAUGUCACAAUUGUACACUGCGCUAAAAGAUUUUGAUGGCCUGGAAGAGCUGGACCGGGCUCUUGGCAUCCCCGCUCUGAUAGAACAGAACCAGACCCUGGACCAGGACCAGUUCCCCCAGGAGCCCUCAAUGAUGUUAGAACAGAAGCCCCCCAUGUACGCCCAGCAGUUUGGCCCCUCUCCGACACACAUGGCUCAGAGGGGGUACCCGGGGGCGCCCAUGCAAGAGCCGGGCUUUCACCCCAUGUCUGGCCAGAUGGGUCCUCGUCCGGGUUACCCCAUGAUGAGGAUGCAGAUUCGGCCCGGACUCAGGCCUGGCGUGGUCGGCGCCAACCAGCCCAACGCACUGCGACUACAACUUCAGCACAGGCUACAGUCACAGCAGAACCGACAGCCAAUGAUGACUCCGAUGAGCAGCGUUUCAAAUGUGAACCUACCUCUUCGGUCCAACGCUACAAACCAGGGGACCAUCAAUGCUCAGAUGUUGGCGCAGCGUCAGCGGGAGCUCCUGAGCAACCACCUGAGACAGCGUCAGCAGCAACAGGUCCAACAAGCUCAGCAGGUCCAGCAGCAGAGGAGCAUGGCCAUGCGGGCCCAGGGCCUCAACCUGCCGCCCAACAUGAGUAACCCGCGGAUCCCCCAGGCCAACCCCCAGCAGUGCCCCUACCCACCCAGCUACGGUACCGGUACAGGCCUGGCGUCGCCACCUCCCCCUACCAGCCCCUUCUCCUCCCCUCUCUCCCCCAGCCUGUCGUCUCUACCCUCCAACCCUCAGCACCACUUGCAUGGCACCUCCUCCUCUUCCUCCACCUCCUCCUCCUCCCAGAUGAUGAUGGGAAACACAAGCAUGAUGGGCGGACAGUAUGGGGCCGUACUCAGCCCCCAAAUGCAGCACAGUGCCUUUCAGUUUCCCAACUCAGGUAUGAACCAACAGGCAGACGGAGGCUUCGGGGGGCCCGGCGCGCCGCAGAGCCCCCUACUGUCUCCUCGCAUGGCCCACGCCCAGUCCCCCAUGAUGCAGCAGGGCCAGGGGAACAACUCUUUCCAAGGCUCGCCCGACAUUAACGGUUGGCCACAGGGCAGCAUUGGAGGGAACAGUAUGUUCUCCCAGCAGCAGACGUCCCCUCAGUUCACCCAGCAGCAGAAUAACGGCAGCAUGUACAAUGGCAGCGGGAUGAACCUGAACAACGUUCCCAUGGCCACCAGCAGCAUGGGACAGAUGGCCGGACAGAUGAGCGUCACGUCCAUGGCCUCGCCCGGCUUGCCCUCCAUGGGACAAGAGCAGAAAUACUGUUGACCGUUAUUGAGUUGCUGCCCUGGACCUCAGUGAUCAGCUGGAGCAAAAAUUGUACACAAACAUGUAAGCCCCUCCAUGUUCAAAGUUCCCGGGGGGGCGUGGCCAGGCCCGGGGAGGCGCUGCCAGGCUCCUCCCCCUGCCUGUCCAGCUGCAUUCACCAUAGUGUGACUUACUGUAGGCCCGGGUUCUUGAUGAAUGUAUCCUCUCAGCGGACUGCGGCCAUUUAUACAAUCUCAUCUCAAAAAUUGGCGGUUUUCCUCUCAGUCGUUUAUUACGCAAAAACUUUUAGCCUGUAUUGCCUCUUUUUUUCCCCCUUUCUUUUUCUAUAUUAUUAGUGUUACUCGCCGGCGUUGAUCCUGAAAAAAAAAGACUGCAGAAGAGUGAUAUGAGGUUUAUAUAGUGUAUUAAAUUAAGUUUUAUUUUUAUGUAUAGAUUUAAUGAAUAAUUCCUGUAGAUGGCUUUAUUAUCCUCGUAGCAUCCGAGAAGAAAAUAUUCUAGAAGAAAAAGUGUGUCGAAAAAAAGACCCUUUUUAAAUGAUUUUAUUAUUCUUUCUGAGAAGACUCGUCUGUGAACCUGAAUACUUGGGUCCGAUCGUUUCAGAAAAAAAUCCAUGAAAGGUGAAUUGUACAUACCGAUAAGUAAAAGCGUUUCUUUUUUUUUUCUAUUUAUUUGAUUUUUUGUUUAUUUUUGAUUGUAUUUUCUGGGUUCCCUCGCCUGGUCUGCUCUUUUUUUUCCCGGUACGAUGCAGACCCGGGGUGUGUUUGAGGUUGGGAAGGGUUGCUGUGUAUACAGUGUACAGAUAUCGCUUUGCUUCUCUGCCUUUAGCAUAGAACACCAAACAAACAACAUGAAAAAAGACAAAAAACAAAGAUAACACAGCCAUAAAUAACUUUUAAACAGUGUGCUUUCUAUGUUGUCUGGAGUGAAAACGCUUUAUACGAGCUGCUCGGUGCAAACUGUUUCUGGUGUGAUGUAAACAAGCAAUAACAUGAGAAUCUUGGGGUUAAUUUUGUUUAGUUUUUUUGUAGUUUUUUGUAUAUAAUAAUAAAAACACCAUUUUGCUCCACAUUUUGGAUGCAGUAUUACACGCCAAUUUUAUUUCUUUUUUUAAUUGCAGUUUGUACCAAGAACUCCACACACACGCCGAAUUCUCGAUUAUGCAGCAAGGCAGCGCCCCUCCCCCUGCACUCUUGACAGACAGCCAUAUUUAAAUGACCUCAGGCAGUAAAGUGUCCGCUAAUGCACACUACUCUGGGUUUUCGUAAAACAGGUUCGCCUUAUGUCCUCCUGAGAACCAGCGUCCUCUACAGUGGACAUGGAUAUUUUUUCCUCUGGCAAAAGAAAUGGAGCAAAAACAAAUGUCCACUGCAGAGGACAUUGGUUCAUAAGAGGAUAUGCUAAUUUUAUAUCCUUUAGUUCAAUGUUUCCCAAACUUAGGGUUGAUUAUUAUUAUUAUUAAUAAUGAUAAUAAUAAUAAUAAUAGGUGGAUAAAAUGCUUUAGAGGGUUUUAAAGUGUGGCUCAACGACACAAAAAAAUAUUUUUGGACUUGUUUACAUAGGAACUUAAAAAAAAAACUAAUGUUGGCUUUGCAGGUUUGAAAAAUAUGUUUCAUUUAUUUUUCUCGAGCCGCUGCUCCUGAAUCUUUACAUUGGCAAAUGUACUGUAUAUCCUCUCAAAAACCAGCAUCCACUGGAAUGGACAUUUUGUGUUUGUCAUUACAGGGCUAUUUUUUUUCCUGAAAUUUGUAACUCUGGCAAAAGAAGUAGACCAAAAACAAAUGUCCACUGCAGAGGACGCUGGUUCUCAGGAAGAUAUGUCCAUGGGGAAACUAGUGCAGGGUUUCCCAAACACAACAUUUCUGGAGCACAUUUUGCUGACUUUUUUUCCCCCCACUCUUAUUUCCUCUCCAAUUAUAAAAUGUUCCCCUCUAAACGGAGCUAAAGUCAGCUUAAUAGGUUUCAAAAAAUGUAUUCUUUAUUUUUCCCAAGAUUUCUCCUAAAUCAUUAUGUUGGCUCAUGUGCUGAGAACCAGCGUCCAUUGGAGUGGACGUUUGUGCUUUGCAAUACAGGGCCAUUUUUUUUUUCUAAAAAUGUGUGACUCCUGACAAAAUAAAUAGACCAAAAAGCAAAUGUCCACUACAGUGGACAUGGGAAACCAGUUCAGGAAUUUUUUUUGCCAUUAUUUCCUCUUUAAAAUGUUUUUCUUUUUCUUUUUUUAAGCCACUACGUUCUUCCUUAUAGUCUGGUGGCUUAGUGACAUUACCGUUACGGAGCGGAUAAAAGCGCCAAAUUUUUUAUGGGCCUUCUUUAUGACCUACUGAAGGAUUUUAGAAGGGUACUCAAACUUAAAUAUUGAAAAUACCUUUAUAGUGCACAUAAGUUAUUUUGAUCAAUAACUGCAAAAAACGCCUAUACUAAAAAAGGACUAAUUCUUGUCAUGUGUCCUCCUGCUGCUAGUUUUUACAUCAUACUUGCACAGGGUGUCUACAGGUAGUGUCUUCACAUCCCAGAACAGCCAGAAUGCCAAUAUUUGAUUCCAUUAUGAACCAUUUGGCUUUCAAAUAAGGCCUCAUUAUGGACGGAAAUAGCAAAAAGUAUCAUUUUCAGAUGAUGAUUCAAGACCCAGCACAUGAAGUAUUAUCCAUAAAACCUUUAAUGCAAUUAUAAUGUUAGAACUCUGAUUGAGGCCAAAAAUAAAUUAAAGGGGCAAGUCAGCUGGUGCACAUGAUCAGCAUGGGGGCUGAGGACCAAUGGCCUGGAUGACUCUUCUUACUACACUAUGAAGUAAUCUGCACGUGAAACAGGCAAGAAAACAAUUGUUGUCACAAUUUAAACAAAUUGACAUGCAUCAUAAUGUGGAAACUUGGUGUAUUGGUGUGCAUAACUGUACCUGGUGUCUAUUUGCAGCAGUUGCAUUUGCAAAGUGGAGAACAGUCAAUAUUAGCAUUGCUGCAUUUACAGCUGGAACAGUCACCUUUACAUGAGCAUUUUAUCAGCUCUCUGCAGGCAAUGGAGACCUCGGGAAUGGUUAUCCAAACUGGAACCCAUGACCCUGUUUCGUCCUUGGUCCAUCCAAAGUCCUUUGGAGAAGGAAUCACUUGCUGUGUGUCUGUGCUGGUUGCCCAGAUUCCUGCCUGAAACACAGCCCGUUUUACAUGCUGGAGUAGGGCAUCCUGCGUGGGAGGUAAUCUCUCCAUCGGCCGACUGUCUUGACAGAAGAGUUCCUUCCUUGUUUGACUGAUGGAGUUCAAAGGACUGGAUCUGUUGUACAGGAUCACAGUCAGCCUCUCAAGUGUCUGGAAAUGCUCAGAGUCAACUUUUAGUUCCUGGAAUGGAUGCUUUGCCAGAUACAUAAAUGUUUCUGUAGCAGCAUCAUAGGCUUGCCAGGCCCUCCAAGCUGACUUCUUGCCUUUUCCGUUAAAUGCAGAUGUUGUGUCACAACCUGAAUAUGCGUGGAACAUAAGCAGACCUUGUGAUUUGGGUUCCCCCAGGCUUUUGCAGAUGUGGUUUAUGUGGUAAUAUCUGAACCUUUUUCCCAUGCCAAAAGCCACCCAGAUGUCAGUCAAUGGUUGAAGCACCACCAAAUCAUAAAAUAAACCAGCAAGGAUCACGAUGACAUCAGUGUCCACAGUUCGCACAAGAACUGUCUUUGCUCCCUCCUUCAAUGCGCAUUGUAGAUGGACCACUAUCCUUGUGUCUGCCUCCUCAUGGUUGCAACAGUCCAUCAUGCUAGUGGAACCAAAAGCUUGUCCUGACACCGCUUGCCCCGAUGUGACAUACACAGCUUUGGUUGGUGGCCAGCUGAACUCUUGGAUCUUGGAUGUCAAGAAAUCAAACAACUCCUUCUUGUUGAUUGGGUCGCGAAGAAAGUCCAUCCAGUUGCCUGGCAACUUUGUCGGGCCUGACACUUUCCUGCGAACACCACGUCCUCUUUUUUCUCGGGUGGACUCCUUCAAGCUGUCAGGGAUGUACGUGUCCCAUACAACAUCCAAUCGUUUUGGAUCCUGCAGCUGCUUCUGCAGGUAGGGGAUGAAAACCUCAUUUGCAUAAGCAUCAAACGUGCUCACUCUAAUAGUGGGCAGGCAGUGGACAAUUACUGCCCCAUCUAGGACUUUGAAGUCAUAGGUUGAGGGUGGCUCUGAUUGUGCUGGCUGCUCAAGACAUUGUAGCAGGUCUGAUUUGGUGCCUGUCAGAUGAAGUUUUCCAAAGUCUGAGAGAGAUGGAGGGAAGGACUGCACCUCAUGUGUAAAGAAUUCAUCCAAAUUACUCUCACGGCUCUGCAUAGCUACAUAUAGCUGGCCAAAGAGUGCCACGUUGUUCUGAAGCACUUUAAUCUUUUUCCCAUCUUUAGACAUUGUCUUGCGUCUAGGUUGCCUGAAGACUGCCAAGGAAUUCCUUUUAAUCGGAUCAUGGAUAGAUUGUGUGCGUUCAUCAAGCACCUUCUUGACAAACUCCUGAUAUUGUCUCUUCCCUGUGUCCUCCAGGAUGAGCAUGGUAUUUGCGACUAAUUUAUCUGCGCAGUUGCGACUAUCAAGAGUCACAAGUUCCUCGAAGACAUCCAGGAAAGGGUUUCCCAUACGCCUUAUGGUAUCUGACAGACUGUUGACCUGUCUCUGGAAUGUCUUCUGUGUGCCAAGACCCUGCUCAUGGUGCUGUAAGCUCUCUUUGUCAUCUUGGAGAUAUUCCUCUUCAAAUUCCUUUAUCAAUCUUGCCAUUUCUGGGCCUGUGAGCAUCCAUCUUCUGAAGGCAGUUGGAUUUUCUGUGAGGCCAACCGCACCACCUGAACCUUUCACAUUCUUGUUCUCUUGUUCAUGAGCUUGGUCCAGUGGGAUUGCAGAAAACCUGUUAGAUGUCUUUGAAAGAACCCAGUGAGAAUUCUUCUCAAACUCGUCCUUGAUAGAGUCGGGCAAAGACUUCAUGUCCCUGAUAUGGACAGGCAACCAUCUUGAAUAGUUCACAUGGUCCAAGGCAAAGAAUAGAGGGGCCAGUUCUUCAAGCACUUCUACAUACAGUAGGAAAUUCUGCUCUCUGUGUGCCCUUAUGAAGAUGAGAAUGAGGGUUUCAUAUCUCAUGAUCAGAUCCCAGAACAUGAACGUCGGACUCUUCUUCAGCAUGUUGUUUCUCCAAGCCAUGAAGGACUCUUCAUCUUUGGGGCCUGCACUAACCCUGAAAGCCUCCUGUUGUAGAUUGUGCAGUGUCAAGACAGUGACCUGGUGUGCAUGCCUGGUUCGUGGUAUACCAUAUGGGUAUUUUCAAUAUUUAAGUUUGAGUACCCUUCUAAAAUCCUUCAGUAGGUCAUAAAGAAGGCCUGUAAAAAAAUUGGCGCUUUUAUCCGCUCCGUAACGGUACGCCUAAAAAUGUGCGCUAACCCACCGCACUAUUAGGUGGGUGCUGUUGGCUUUUUUUUAUUGAUGGUGUAAGAUGGAGCACUACAUCAUUAUGUUGGCUAUCGUACCCUAUAUCCUCCUGAGAACUAGCGUCCACUGCAGUGGACGCUAGUUCUCAGGAGGACGUUUGUUUUUAGUGGACGUUUGUUUUUAUGCAUACCAGGACAUUAUGUAAAUCUAAAAAAAGAAAUGGAUCAAAAACAAAUGUCCACUGCAGAGGACACUGGUUUCCCAAAUCUAAAAUUUCUGGACCACAUUUUUUGUAAUUUUUUUGCCACCGUUUUCUCUCUCACCAUAAAAGUACCCCAGUUAGCUUAGCAGGUUUGAAAAAUAUUAUUUUUCUCAAGCCGCUGCAUUUCUCCUAAAGUUGAUGCUGUCAGAAUAUUUUAUUGAUGAUCAAGAACUAAAUAAAGUUGGCUAAUGUGCAGUAUAACUUCCCGAGAACCAGCGUCCGUUAGAGUGGACGUUAGUGUUUUUCAUAACUGGGCUAUUUUUUUUCUAAACUGUGUAAGAAGCCGACCAGAGCCAGAUGUCCACUACACUGGCCAAACCUAACCAUUUUUGUUUUGCAUCACAGAGUAUUCUGUAAAACUGACAAAAAGACCACAAACAAAUGUCCAUGCUUCUCAGGAGGUUAUGUCCAUGGUAAAACUGGAAAACGAUCCUUUAGUUCUUGGUUUCUUUUCCUGAAAAACUGAAUUUGCUACUUUACUUCCUCUUCAACCAUAGAAUGUUUGACUUUAAACAAAGCUAAAGCUGGCUGAGCAGGUUUUAAAAAGUAGUUUUUCUUUAUUUUCUUCAAUCUUUCCGCACUUCCUAUAAGUCUAGCAUUUUUCAUCAAAGAUUUUUGGAAAGAAUGUUUUUCUUUGCGGUUAAUUCUCUAACUUAAAUUCAAGUUAACUGUAUUGCUGUUAAAAAAGUGUUAGCGAGAGGCAGAAUAUGUACGUGAUGUCACUUUGUUAUACUUUAUUUUAAAGCCCUAACAAAUAUUUGUAAGGAUUUCUUAAGAAUAAAGUCAUCCUGCUGGCUCUCCUUGUUUGACAAAGUUUGGGAAACCCUGCUGUGUUCCAAGCCAAAUGAAUCCUCACGCUCCAAUUGGAUGAUUUUUUUUCCCUUCCCUUGGUGGCCUGUUGGCUAUCGAUGAUGUCACUUCAACAGGGUCCAAUAAAGUCCAAGACAGAAUGUAUUGUACACAUCCAAGGCCUCCUACUUUUGUGCGCUUUAUACUCUGCACAGGAAUCGGCCUGUCAAAUUCCCUUCAAUCUGCUCCAACUCCAUUCUUUUAGUGCACCUAACGGAAGGAUUUUAUGGAAAAAGUGAUUUUUUUUUUUAUUGUAAAAUGAGCCUUCUUGAGCCAUUUGACACCGUUUUAUCCACACAAAAUUUCUCCAAAGAUUGUUCACAGAUAGAGAAGCCAUGAUGUGCAAGUUGCGUUUAUAACGAGCUAGAGUGUGAUUAUUUUGCCAAGGCCCUCUUUUUUUAAAAAGAAAAACUACUUUUCCUCUGAAAUGAAACUUUAAAAGCUCUUUUGUAUCGUCUGCAGGUUUCUUAGAGCUAAGAUGCAACCUUGAAAUGCUAAAGAGUUUAAAAAACACUAGAAAAAUGCCUUAGAUCUUGUCCGUUUUCGCUCUUGUACAUGACUUGGCCGUGUGUAUAAAUUUGUAUUAUGACUAAGAUGUACGAUACUAACUGCUCCCCUGAACGCAUCACAGAUUAUGUUGUGUUUUAUAAGGGACUUUACCAGGAACACUUCUUUGCUUUUUGUUUUUUUAAAUCACACUGUACCCCCACUUCCCAUUUGUACCCCAAGUGUGUGCGUGCGUGUUUGUGUGAAAGAAGAGCGUUUUAUGCAAAAUUAGAUAAAAAACAAACCGACAGUUAUGCAAGUUGUGAACUAAUAUGGCUUUGCUGAUGCUAUUUGCCUUGUAAAUAAAGAAUUCUGUUAUUGCCAUA